AUGGUAAUUAAAGAUCUUGAUUUAAAUCAACAACAUCAUCCAUUAUUAAAUGCAUGUCGUUCUCUUGCUUCAACUUUACAUAACGAAGUAACAUGGCAUUCAACACAUCUUCGUCUUACUCAAUUAAUUGAACGUUUUCCUCGUUUAAAACUACUUUUAAUCAUAUUAAAUAAAUAUGGUGAAACAAUUGAUUUAUAUGAUAGUAAAACACUUGAACAAAUACCAUUCGAAUCAUUUGAUCUUAUAUUUUCUGCAAAUCAACUUCUAGGAAAUCAGGAUUUAACAAAUUCUUUAAUUUCUCUUCGUCGUUUACUUGUUCCUAAUGGUCUUCUUUUAUUACUUGAACUAGUUCAUAUUCCUCUUUAUUUUGAUCUUAUUUUUGGUUUUAAUGAUCAAUGGUGGUCAUCUGAUGAUAAUAAUCGUGCAUUAAAUAAUAUUCAACAAUGA